AUGAUCGAAGAAUCGGUUUCCCCCAUCGGUUACAGCCUGAGUGACCUGUGCAACAGAAUUUCCCUCGCGGCAUCUGAAUCGGACGAGACGCAAAACCUUCUGUUUACAAUGAAAACCUUCCAGUGUUUGGUGUGCGACAAGACGUUCAAACAAAAAUCCCACUUCUUGACCCACAUGUGCACCCACGUUGGUAAACUGCCGGAUUACUCCCAAAUUAUCGGAAACCUGUACCCGACCAACCAAACCAGCCAAGCAUCCUUCACCCCCUCCAUGAAUCAGCAAUCCAUCGUCCCAAAUGGUAACUUCACGCAAGACACGCCAGGUCACCAGCUCAACCUCAACUACUUCAGUGGGGUUUCGCAAACCUUCAUCCACAUGAGUGGUUUCGACACUUCCCUGGCCUGCCACCAGUGCCUACUCUACUUCGAGGACCCGGACAGUCACAAGCACCACAAACUCGUCCAUCACUUUUACUCCUGUCCUUUGUGUCCACUGUCCUUUGCUCAGGGCAGUGACGUUUCGACGCACAUGGCCAGCCAGCACUGCUUCCCCUGCGACACGUGCCCUGGAAUUUGCACCACGUCCUACGAUCUCGUCAACCAUAAACGCGAAGUUCACGGUGUUUAA